CCCGGCCCCCGCCCUGCCCGGCCCCGCACACGGGCUGCCAUGAGCGAGCGCCCGGCGGGGCCCCCCCGCCGACCCCCGGACCCCCGCACGCUGCGGCCCCGCCCGGCCCCGGUCCCGGCUCCAGCCCCGGCCCGGGGGAUGCUGCGGGGGCGGCGCGGCUGAGCCUUCCCCGCCCCUCCGCUGCUCCGCUUACCCUCCGGCCCGGCUGCUCCCGCCGGCCCAGCCCCGGCCCAGCCCCGGCCCGGGGGAUGCUGCGGGUGCGGCGCGGCUGAGCUCCCCAACCCCUACCUAGGGCCGCUCCCCGCCGCCGCCCGGCCCCGCCCGCCGCCGCCAUGGCCGGUAAGUCCCGCAGCGGCUGCGAAGCGCUGAAGGUGGUGGCCCGGUGCCGGCCCAUGAGCAGGAAGGAGGAGGCGGCGGGUUACGAACGUGUCCUGGAGCUGGACGUGAAGCUGGGGCAGGUGAGCAUCCGGAACCCCCGCGCCGUCCCCGGGGAGCUGCCCAAGACCUUCACCUUCGACGCCGUCUACGACGCCAGCUCCAAGCAGGCGGAUCUCUACGAUGAGACCGUCCGGCCGUUGAUAGAUUGCGUGCUGCAGGGCUUCAACGGGACCAUCUUUGCCUAUGGCCAAACCGGGACGGGCAAGACCUACACCAUGCAGGGGGCUUGGACGGAGCCGGAGAAGAGGGGCAUCAUCCCCAUGUCCUUCGAGCACAUCUUCACCCACAUCUCCCGCUCACAGAACCAGCAGUACCUGGUGAGGGCCUCCUACCUGGAGAUCUACCAGGAGGAAAUCAGGGACCUCCUCGCCAAAGAUCAGAGCAAGAAGCUGGAGCUGAAGGAGAACCCCGAGACAGGGGUGUACAUCAAGGACCUCUCCUCCUUCGUGACCAAGAACGUCAAGGAGAUUGAGCAUGUGAUGAACCUGGGGAGCCAGACACGCUCUGUGGGCAGCACCAACAUGAACGAGCACAGCUCCCGCUCCCAUGCCAUCUUCCUCAUCACCAUCGAGUGCAGUGAGACGGGGCCAGACGGGGAGGAGCACAUCCGCGUGGGCAAGCUCAACCUGGUGGACCUGGCUGGCAGCGAGCGCCAGAGCAAAAUGGGGACCCACGGAGAGCGCCCCAAGGAAGCAUCCAAGAUCAACCUCUCCCUCUCCGCCUUGGGCAAUGUAAUCUCCGCCCUUGUGGAUGGCAAGAGCACACACAUUCCCUACCGGGACUCCAAGCUGACCCGCCUGCUGCAGGACUCCCUUGGGGGCAACGCCAAGACAAUCAUGGUGGCCACCUUGGGCCCGGCCUCUCACAGCUACGACGAGAGCCUCUCCACCCUCAGGUUUGCCAACAGGGCCAAGAACAUCAAGAACAAGCCCCGGGUGAACGAGGACCCCAAGGACACCUUGCUGCGGGAGUUUCAGGAGGAGAUUGUCCGCCUGAAAGCCCAGCUGGAGAAACGUGGCAUGCUGGGGAAGAAGAGGAGAAGGAGCAGCCGGAGGAAGAAGAUGGUGGAUGGAGAAGGCACCACAGAGAACGAAGGGGAUGACGACAACGAGGACGGUCUGGAGAAGAACAUGGAGAAUUACUUGAAGGAGCAGAAGGAGAGGUUGGAAGAGGAGAAAGCUGCAAUCCAGGAUGACCAUAACCUGGUGAGCGAGGAGAAGCAAAAGCUGCUGCAGGAGAAGGAGAAGAUGAUAGAAGAUCUGCGGAAGGAACAGGAGGCCACAGAGCUGCUGGCCACCAAAUUCAAGGCAAUGGAGAGCAAGCUGCUUAUCGGCGGCAGGACCAUCGUGGACCACACCAACGAGCAGCAGAAGAUGCUGGAGCUGAAGCGGCAGGAGAUAGCUGAGCAGAAACGCCGGGAGCGGGAGAUGCAGCAGGAGAUGUUGCUGCGGGACGAGGAGACCAUGGAGCUGCGUGAGACUUAUACCUCCCUGCAGCAGGAGGUGGAGAUCAAAACCAAGAAGCUGAAGAAGCUCUACGCCAAGCUGCAGGCUGUGAAGGCGGAGAUCCAGGACCAGCACGACGAGUACAUCCGUGUGCGGCAGGACCUGGAGGAGGCACAGAACGAGCAGACACGGGAGCUGAAGCUGAAGUACUUGAUCAUCGAGAACUUCAUCCCACCGGAAGAGAAGAACAAAAUCAUGAACCGCCUGUACUUCGACGGUGAGGAGGACCAGUGGAAGUUCCAGCCAUUGGUGCCCACUGGAGGAAGCAGCAGCCAAAUGAAGAAGCGGCCUACCUCUGCAGUGGGAUACAAGAGACCCAUCAGCCAGUAUGCUCGCGUGGCCAUGGCCAUGGGGUCCCAUCCUCGGUACCGAGCUGAGAACAUCAUGUUCUUGGAGCUGGACCUCUCCCCUCCAGCCAUCUUUGAGUUUGAGCGGAGCAAGGACACAGCAGAGCAGGACCCCCGGGCUCUCCACCUGGAGAGGCUGAUGCACCUGGACAGCUUCCUGGAGAGGCCAGUGUCAUCCCGGGUGAGGAAGUCCCGCUCCUGGUGCCAGACGCCGCGGUCACUGCCCUCCUCCACCACGCAUGUGUCCCUCGCCGCCAGCUCCCCGCGCACCGCCACCAUGUCAGCUCAGGAGUGACGUCCUGCACCCCCUCAUCCCCCUCACUGACUCAGCAGCAAGGACUGUGCCCCUGCCAAGGGCUGGGAAGGGGCCCCAGCUGGCAGCACCUCCACCAGUCCCCGUUCGUCUUUGUCUUCAGCUACUUCUGUGUGCGCCUGUGUUCCUGUGAGACGCGGACGGACAGCCCCCGGGAUGAGGGGAGCUGCCCGCCUUCCCCCCGCCCCUCCCCCCCAACCUGGAUCUGUCACUUUAUUUAUUUAAGGUAUUUAUUUAUGGAGUUGUUGAUGCGCAGGGUCAGGAGCUGCGUUUGGACUGGAGGACAUCCAAGGCUGGAAGCGGGCACCACGUCGAUGCUCCCUGGGUAUGCUAAGCUCCCGUGGUAGGGCACCGCCAGCCUAUUGCUUGCCAUUGUGCUCCACAGAGCAGGCAGGGGAGGGCUUGUGCCCCUCUCUGGUGGCUUCAGCAGAAGGUGAGGCAGCCCUGGACUCCGGUGCUGUGUUUUCUUUGGUGGAUCCUGUGGAAUUUGGUGAUUUCUACAAGGAUUUGGAGGCUUCAAAUGGAGAGACCACCUUCGCAUUUGGAGACCAUCAUGGUGGCAGCACCUUUCACUGGGCUUGUGAGAGGCUCAGAGCGGCUCUUGAGCCUGCCUCAACAGUGGUGGCAGCAAUGACAUCUCAUUGACUUCUGGGCAUGGCUGUACCUCCAGGAAUGCCAGCUCCAUCCACAGAGAGGGCUUACAGAGCAACCAAACCAAGUCAGUUCUGGUGCUCCCAGGACUUUGUUCACCUGUGCCAUGCUCUGGAGAUGGCUAGCCUUGUCCUGUUCCACUGCCUGACACUCAGCUUGCUCCCAUCCCUGACUAAGUGGGUGCUUAGCUCCUUACAGCAAGAACGGGAGGUGGAAAUCUCCAUCUCCUUCCACCCACCCCUCCCAAAGAUACACGUAGUCUGGGGAGCAAUGCUACUUAAGUGAAACCAGAGGUGAGUGUCCACCAUCCUGGCAACUAAAAGCACUGAAGAAAUGCUGGAGAAGAUAGUGUUGCCUGGAGGAGUGAUGUCAGCAUCACUCUCCUUCAAGCUGGGUAAUACCAUGUGGAGGUCACUACAUAGCUGGGGGAAAUUUCCCAGUGAUUGCAUAGGUUGUGGAGGGAUGAAUGUGAAACGGGUAAGAGGGGACAAGUCAUGAGCCACUCUGGUGAUCUGAAACCUGUCCUGGGCAGAAGCACAUGUAGGUGCCAGGACAUUGCUUGGUGUUCCUGAUUGAUUCAGCUUUCAGUAGCUGGACUUAGGGAAGAUGGGUUCUUGUUGAAGACCAUCCCUGGCAGUGCGAGGCCAAUGGCUGUGGUUUCCAGAUGGGUGGAGGUGAGGGAAAUCCCACUUUGUUUGACAAGAUGCUAAUAAAUGAGGGAGCAACCCCCAGGUUCACAUGGGAGAGUUCAGGUCUUCAGAGCGACAUACGCUGAGGCCAGUCCCUGGGAAGGCAGAUCUGAGAAGACUGCAGGUAGGAACAGUCUUCUGGUGACAAAGAGAAUUGCUUCUACCCCACACCCUGAUGAUUCCUGCACACAGGACCCAGGGUGAGGGACAGAGACUGAAUGAAGAACAGACAUGGAGCAGAGACGUGGGUUGUGUGUCUACUAUAGAGCAGUGCAAGUCCCACCCAACAAGGGUGUCAGCAUGCUCCAUGUAGGUGGGCUGGGGGAUCCACAGACCUUCCCAUCCAUCACCUGACAAAUCCACUGACAAGUCCCACAGGGUGUCAUCUCCCUAUCCUAUGUAACAUCAUCCUGCCUCGUGUUCUUGAUUAUCACCUUCUGUCACCAUCUUCUCAUACCCACCUGUGCCUCAUAACAACUUCGUCCUCUCUGAUAUCUUUGCCCUCUUCUCCUCUACCCCAGCAGCUGGCUUGUAGGCAAUUUUGGAAGCUGUAGGUUGCUCCCAGAACUGAGCUCAUCUGCAUCAAGCAGCAGUCAGGUCUGGUCUGUGCUCAGCCUGGGGAGAAGGGUGCAGGAGGAAGGACAUUGUAGGAAUGAGAGGUGAGUCCCUUCUGCAGCUUGUGAGCUUCUACCUGCAGGUACCACCAGCAGCAGGUUGUCCAUGAGCAUCCCCUGCAGCAAGUUGGCUCUGUCCCAGUGGGACACAGUGGAUGAGAGAUGCAGUUCUUUAUCUCAUUUUCAGGCUAGCAUCUGGGAGUCAGGGUCGAGAAGCACAGACCUCAAAGGACAGAAGCUGUCUGCAGGCUUGCCUGCAGCAAUUUAUUUUCCUCCCUUCUCUUCUAAUUGCCUCAAGUUCACCUUCAGCUGUAUCAGCAGCUUGUGCCUCAAGUUCACCUUCGGCUGGAUCAGCAGCUCAUGAAGCUCCAAGAAGAUGAACCACUGACAGUCUCUUUUACCUCAGUUCUCUACCCAGAGCAUGGGAAAGCAAGCUCAUGAGCUGAUGGUGGCCUCUCAUUCACCCUGGCGUGUCCCAGGCCAUGGAGCAUCAUGUUGAAGGGUAGAUGUGCUGCACACCCACCUCCCACAGCACACAUUAGUACUUACCUGUGUCACAGCAAAGGACAGGUCCAGAUCCAGCAGAACCAUGGUCAUGGUAGGCUUCACAUGGAAGCCCUUCCAGCAGAGCACAGGAUAAGUUAACAAGCAGUGCAGGAGGGGAUGAGCCUCUUUCAACAUCCAAGUGCUGCUUGUAUCACAUCUCCAGUGUGCAUGGAUCUGACAAUCUCCAUCUCUCUCCAUGAGUGUGGCAACUUCUCAGCCUUCUUAGCACAAACCCUGAGGAAGGUCAAGAGCAGAUGAUGGUGAUGUGAGCUGAGACCAGACAAGUCCGUGGUGGUGUGUCCUUCUUGGGAGGGAGUGUUCAUCUUCUGGAGGGCAGGGCUGAUCUUCAGAGGGACCUGGCCAGGCUGGAUCAAUGGCCCAAGGCCUUUGGGGUGAGCUUCAACAAGGCCAAGUGCUGUGUCCUGCACUUGGGUCACAACAGCCCCCUGCAGUGCUCCAGGCUUGAGGAAGAGCGGUAGUAAAACUGCCCGGCAGAGAAAGGCCUGGGUGUGUUGGUUGACAGCCAGCUGAAGAUGAGCCAGUGUGUGUGCCCAGGUGGCAAAGAAGGCCAACAGCAUCCUGGGUUGGAUGAGCAAUGGUGUGGCCAGCAGGACCAGGGGAGUGAUUGUCCUCCUGUACUGGGCACUAGUGAGGCCGCACCUUGAGUACUGUCUUUGGUUUUGUGGCCCUCACUACAAGGAAGAUGUUGAGGUCCUGAAUUGUGUCCAGAGAAGGGCAAUGAGGUUGGUGAAGGGUCUAGAGCACAACUGUUAUGAGGAGCAGCUGAGGGAGCUGGGGUUGUAUAGCCUGAAGAAAAGGAGGCUCAGGGGAGACCUUUUCACUCUCUACAGCUUCCUAAAAGGAGGUUGGAGUGUUGUGAGGGUAGGACUCCUCCCAAGUAACCAGGACAAGAGGAAGCAGCCUCAAGUUGCACCAGAGGAGGUUUGGUUGGAUAUUAGAAGAAACUUCUUCACUAAAAGGUUUAUCAAACACUGGAACAGGCUCUGCAGGAAGCUGGUUGAGUCACCAUCCCUGGAGGUGCUAAAAAGACAGCAAGACGUGGUGCUGAGGGCCGUGGUUUAGCACCAGAACUGCUAGAGCUAGAUCGUGGUUGGACUUGAUGAUCUUAAAAGGUCUUUUCCAGCCAAAGUCAUUCUGUGUUUCCAUGCCCUUGCCCAGCCUUCCUGCAUCACUGCAGCAAGCUCUGCUGUGUUUGUGACAUUGGGUGUUGGUGUGUCAGUGUGUGUGUAUUGACGUGGGAGCGUGUGCAGCGGCGUGCGUGGGGUGUGUGCGUGUAGCCAAGAGACCUAUCGACCAUCCACCCGAGUGACUGUACAGAGGGCACAUCCCAGGGUGGGGGGAGGGGGAAUACAGGGCUGGGCUGGG